AUGACUAUCGAGCUCGAGCCAGGCACUAUAAUGUCAACAUACAUCCCAAUGCCCUGGGUUCCGGACAUAAUAUCGGAAUGGGCCGCCUUGAUUCCACUGGCCUGCCAUCUUGCUAGUCCCCAAGAUGAUCACUUGACUUCGGGCGACGUUUCUCUACAUGGGCGAAUUUCAUUAAUUCUAUUUCCUCGCCUUGGGACUUUAUGGGGGCUAGCAAGACUCUUCGGCAAAGGUUCGAACUAUUUCGAUUACGCCAGUGUCAGAGGAGGUUCGGCUCGAACAGUAUGGGAUGUCAAAUGGGGAUCCGAAUUUCCCUGCGCAAAUGGUGCAGCGAGUGCAGCAAUUGAGAAUUUUGCUCUUGGAAAUCUUAGAGAUAGAGCAGGGGUGAUACCUAGGCUUUCUAUCCCCAUUUCAGAUAGCAAUGUCGCCCCUAGCUCUGGAUCAGAUGAGGCCCCAAAACUUCGCCAACAAAUCUUGCAUGUCUACCAGUUUCGCCUCUGUCCGCCCCGACGGUCACUACGAUCUAAAAUCGACAGUUUCAUGAGUUCAAAGAUUGCUAAUUGCAUCAUUUUCUCUGUACUUUGCGGAAUUUCAGCUAUAUUUGGACUUGUUGGCGCCUAUGGAAGCGCUGGCCUCAUCUUGAUCACUGCAAUCUCUAGACUGGUUGCAUGGGCCAUAGUCAUUCCUCGAAGCGCUGGGUAUUUGAGCAACAAUGAGAAACAUGAAACUGCAUGCAUGUUAACAGCGUCACACGUCAACGCUAUGGAGUGGAGUCUAUACACUGGCGAUCGCGCGAUUGUCGACACCUUGCUCAACAAGCCGAUGGUUCAUUUCCCAGAAGGAAAACAAGCACAGUUAGCGGCUCGCUGGUUUUACUUUGCACAUGGAGUUCAACUUGCCGCAAUCACAUACGUGGCGGCGCAGAAAGGCUGGGAUGGUAUAUGCUUAGUGUGCGUCCUUUUUGUUCACACUUUAUAUCAUUGGACAUUUUGCGGUAAUGCAAAGGUUGCUGACUGGCUGGCUCGAGAGGGUGUUGAGGUCAAAGUAAAGAGCUAUGAGUUUGGCUGGCGAACUGCUAUGCUUGGUUGCAUUCAGCUAUUCAGCGAGUCCAAGGUGACUCGUUGGAUGGAUUCGAUAGUGGUUUCACAUCCGCGACGUGACGCCUUUCUCAGACUUAUUCAGGGAAAGGAAUUGGAGAAGAGCUUAGAGGUCCAGCUCGAUGAGCAUGAUUUGGACUGGAUCAAUAACGCAGCGUCUCUGUCUGUUCAGGGAGGGCAGGUACUGAAACGAGAUUUCAUUGUCAGAAAGUGA